CAGGUGGCGGCAGGUUACCAGACAUUCUCUCCACAGGGACAUGCAGGUUGUUCAUCUCCUUCCCUACGCAGAGCUGCAUCUCCUGGAGUAGCAACUGGACCGUGUCGACCGUAGUUCUCUCUGUCUCUCUCUCUCUUUGGAACAAAAAGGCCUUCGUUCUCUGACAAUUGUCCGAACAUUGGCUCCUCAACGACGGAAAUCCUUUUCUCGUCAUGUUUAACCCGCACAUCCAUCAACAACAGCAGCAACAGCAGCAGCAGUUCCACCAACACCUGCGGCAGCUACAACAACUUUUCCAGCAGCAGCAGCCUCCGCCUCCUCCUCCACCUCAGCCUCCUCCGGCUCACCAUGUCGCCCAUCACCACCACCAGACACAGCGAGCAAUCGCCGUCUCGGCUCAGACUGCACCUCCACCCCGGAUGGUCAACCUGUGCCAGGCUACACAGACCACAAUUAUUGCCCCCAACCCUAUGCUGCAGGGUGCGAUACUGAUGCAACAAAUGCAGGGUAACAUGCGGGGCUUUGGAAUGGGGGGGCAACAGUUCCGUCAGUUCUUCACACCUGGCACCAGGUCGUCUCUGCUGGGACCAGUUCCCAUGGGCAUGGCCAUCAAGACGCCGCUCAUGGGUUUUCCUGCGGCCAGACCUUUUCACCCACACGCUCGCUACUACAACAACAACACCGUCACCACCACUGCCACCACCACGGCUCCGUCCUCGUCCACUGCCACAGAGGCCGCGGCUCGUCAGCCGGACAUGAGGCUGGACAGUGAACAGACGGCAGCAGAGAGUUCAGAUGACCAGCCUGCUGUGACCGCUGCUACUGACCCAGAUGUCGACUCUAAGACAGAUGACACCGCUACAGAAGAAGGUGAACCCGUGGAGAUGAUAGAAGAGCAACAUGAAGAACCUGCAUUUAAAAAGAGGAAGACUGAAGGAUCAGAGACCGGAGCUGCUGCAGAUUCAGAGGCGACGCUUGUUCCUCCAGACGGUGACGCUCAUGCGGAGGAGGGCCGACCUGAAGACUGUGUCCUUAUUCCCGGAGCCUCGACGGAGGAGUUAGAGGAUGGAACACCGGAGGAGAUCCUGGAGAAGGAGAGUGUUGCUGAGGAGGAGUCACAGGAUAAAGACGACUCCGUUAGUUCACCCGGCCUACGGGAGGAAGUGGAGGACGUCAUAGCGGAGGGCGCCAACAAAUUUUACUGCUACCUCUGCAGCAUUACCUGCCACAACCAGCAGAACUUCAGGACUCACAUGAACAGCAUUUCCCACCAGCAGAGGAUGAUGGAGAUCCAACACAUGAGCAACGCCUGUCUGGUCACGCUGCUGCCUCGUGUGCAGGAGUCUCUGCAGGGAGCGGUCAAGGAUGGAGAGAAAAAAGAAACGAAGCGCUGGUGUGGAACAUGUCACACCCACUUUAGCAGCAGCAUCAUGGACCACCGUCGGACCAAGGAGCACAAACUGGCCACCAGAACGGCCUUCUCCUCCUGCACGGUCUGUAAGAAACCCUUCAGGAACCCUCAGAGUUUUCUGGAGCACCUGCAGUCCCUGGAGCACAGACAGAACCUUCACAAGCUCCAGGAAGAGGGCGACGAUGAGGCUCUGGCCAAACUGACAGCAGUGGACGCUGACGGAUUUAUGCUGGAAGAAGAGGAGGAGCUGAGUGAGGGGGAGGAAGAAGAGGAGAGGCAGGGGAAGGAGGGAGACGAGGAAAACUCUGAGGAACAGUGUGACUGGUCCUCACGUAAGGAGGUGACGCUGAAGAAUAUGACCAGUGACGAGCAGCACGAUCCUGACACUGUUUAUGGCUCCAGUUUCCUUGUCCCAGUUUCAGGGUUUAUUUGCAGACUCUGCAAGAAGUUUUACCACUUUGACUCCUCUGCUCUGCACAGCCACUGCACAUCACUGCCGCACUUUGAGAACCUCAAGAUGUACAAAGCGAUGUUCGCUCAGAAGGAAGGUGAAGAUGUUGACUCCUCUAGUCCAUCUGUCCAGUCUACAGACCUCCCUCACUCCAGCACAGACUGUUUAGUUGAAACCUCACUUGAUGACGAUGUAGUGACAAACCAGAACUCGGCCGAAGUCGACCAACAAAUAUUACAGAUAGACACCCAGCUCUGUAAGAAGGAACCGGAAACCGACCUGACCUGCACUGACAGAACAGACCAGGACAUGAGCCGCUGCAUCAAGACAGAGGCCACGCCCACUACACCUGUUGGCAGCAGAGAGGAACCGGAUGCCGACUCAGCAGCCACUGCUGAAGAUGCCAACGACGACGAGGAGAACGCUGACGCUCCCUCCGCUCCAGGGAAGAGGAUCGGCUGCAGGAAACCAAAAGCUGCUCCAAAACGCCGUUCAGGGAGGGUAACAAACAGACGCUGAGACGGAGACGCGGCUUUUGAACUUGGAAAGAGACUCCGACGUCAGUCUGUGAGGUAUCAGUACACAAUGAGGUGCUCUUAUUGAACAGCAACCUAAGAAAUGCACAACACAGCUUCUAAGCCAUACAAAAAAAUUAAACACACAGUGAGGGAAGUUAACGCCUGGUGGUUAAGAGUGAGAACAGUGAGAGGGUUGUGGUUAAAACAAUAAACAGGAAACACUUCCAGGGCAGCGGUAAAUUAAAUGGACUGUGAUGUGGAAAUAUGACCUCCAUCAGUGAAACCACUUUGUUAACAUUAGUUUCAUGGUUUUUAACAACUGCAGUGUCCGUCACAGUUCACGUUUUGUUCUCUCUCCUGAAGUCAUCCUCUUCUUUAGCCGUACCUGGUUUGAUCCCAGAUCAUUUAUUGUCAUUUUCAGUCGUAGAUUAAAGAUAACAGUCUUGAAAACUGGACUUGUUUGAGGUUUUCAGGAUGUUUCACAUCCCGUCUAACCUAUAUAUGUGAGGUCUCUUCAGUCCUGAUCUGAUUAGAACCUUUACGCAUGUGUUUCACGAUUUUAAAGGAAGUCCCUCCAGGUUCCUUAACAAGAAAGUGUUUCAAGUUAAUCACAUUAAUAUUUGUGCUAGAAUUUUAACCCUAACGUUAGGGUUUAGACCCGGGGUGUCAAACAUAAGGCCUGCGGGCCAAUCUCGGCCCGCUUGAUGAAUUUUGAAAAUAAAGUAAUUCACAAACACGUCAUGUUCAGGAUAUGUUCCGUAAAAUUCUAUUUCAGUAAAUAUGAAGAUUUAUCAAAUGUACGUUUUGCAUGAAAACAAAGGGGGGAAAAGAUGGACUUUUUGUUAUUUAUAGGCAAUUAUGCUAUGAUUGUACUGGUUCUGGCCUACUUGACAUCUUAUUAGACUGCAUGCUGCCCCAGAACCAAAAUGAGUUUGACCGCCGGGGUUUAGACAAUGUGUUUUCCAACUAGCAAUUGUUAGUUUCGUACCCUGAAGUCCCCAAGGACCAGUCGCUCUACUCAUUCCCUAGAACUUGAAGAUCGUCAGAUUGUUGACAUUUAAUCCCCUUGAAGUGUCGGCACGGAAACAUGUAUUCACCUCUCAUCAACAUGAAGUUUGUUUUUUAUUUUUUUCUGCUUUCGUUUGGACUAGAAAUGUCCAGGAAUCCUCACAUUCACAGACAGUUUGUGUGUUGUGUUUAUUUUUACAUAAUUAUCAUUAUUAUUUUAAACCUUUUUAUUGGAUUUGUGCUGCUUGAAUUUUGACAAACUGCACUUCACAUUUGAUUUCUUUUGAAUUUGUGUUUGAAAUAUGCAUCUUAAAAUGAAUUAUCGCUAAAAAGCUUUCAGACUCGUUUUGAUCACAUUUGAAGUCACAUUCCACUGGAUGUUUUACUUUGCCUGCAUUCGAAAAAUGAGUUUGUUCCAUAGUUAUUUCAACAUUGCAUUGUUAGCAUAAUAUAUAGUGUUUGGUUGUGUGUUUUUGGCCUUUUUUUUUUGUUCCUUCCUCAUUGAUGAUGUUUGGAUUUCAGUGCACUGGACAGAAACCUCACAUAACGGUCCGAGUAUUAGCAAGAAAAAAAAGUUUGUGAUUUAGCUAAACGAGUCGACUGUUAGAUUACCACUAACUGUUCAUGUAAAGAGGUCUAAUAUUUCACACAGUCUUCAGCCAACACGGGACGUGUACGUGUAAAAUAUAAGGAUGUUUUUUUUUUUCCUCUUCAUGACUCGUGUGCUGUUCUGAACAGACUUAGACAAAAAAAAUGUUGAUUUUUCCAACCACAGGACGCUGGUUGUUGUCACAUGUAGCAACUCCUGCAUUCAUGGCGUCGACUGUCACAUGACCGCGUGGAGUAAUGAGACUUGAGCAGGAGGAAGGGAAGGACAGGUGAAGGCACAUUUCACACAAAGCUGUACGUUUCUUAGUGUAUUUUUAUUCAGCUACUGACAAACUGAACAAACAGGCGAUGUUUUCUAAUUGCUGGAGUUUUGAUGUAUUUUUGGAUGUUUGCCUUUUGUCUUGGGUCACUUUAAUUUAUAUUAAAAAAUGUCUGAAAA